AUAUCGUCAAAGUCAAUCGUGAUUCGUGCUGCGCUCAAUCGCGUUCGUGUUUUGACCCGUACGAGCUGCAAUAGCCUAUACCUAAUAGCUAUAGAAUUAAGUUCCCUUCCGAUAAAAUGGAAUUAGAAAUGAUUGAUCUUUGUUAAGAAAUGCCUUAGUAGUAAUAUUAUCUUGUGCUUGGGAUGUUAUUGGAAUUGGCAAUCUGUGGACUGAUAAUUUGAUAAGGUCGUGAACGAUUUCAGUCUCAGUGAAGAUUAUUUCGUCUCCGCGACACUAUAAUAAAUAAUGAGACGUUAGAACUUUGUUGAGUCUUGUGAUAAAACCUUUGUUUACUAAGGACCAUUUUUCACGGAAGUUUAGUAAAAAAUAAAUAAGAAUGGAAACCGGAGAAGCUGUUGUCGCGGGAAUUUUUCCAGAAUAUUUCUAUAGUUUUGUUGAAGAAUUAGAUGAACAUCCAUGGUUGUUCGCGGCUCUAGGUUCCGUGUUGGUUGGACUCAGUGGAAUUUUGCCACUACUAAUCAUCCCAAUAAACGAAACAGCGUCGUUUAAAGAUGGAGCUGGUGCGGCGACACUAAGAAUUCUGUUGAGUUUCGCCGUGGGUGGUUUGCUAGGGGAUGUCUUUCUCCACCUUCUACCAGAAGCGUGGCAACAUGACCUUGCCAGUACCAAAGAUGGUGAACACGUAUCAAUGAAAUGCGGUCUCUGGUGUCUGAUGGGCAUGCUGGUCUUCAUAAUAGUGGAAAAACUCUUCGCUGCUGGCGAAGAAGAAGAGGAAAAGAGCUCCGUACAGCACAUAGAGAUAGAAGAGAUAGAGAAGCUACUGCAAGCUGAGAGGAAACAAAAGGGUGCUGUCUGUGGUAAUGGUGUAACAGCCAAACAGCUCUACGAUACAUGCGUUUUUAAUAAUAAUACUAAAGGUGGUGGCUGCUGCAGUAGUGUUAACGGUAACAACGGUGUAGUGAAGUGUAAAGGAAACCGAUGGAUGGGAAGGUGUAUAUUACGUGAGGCGAGGGAGAAAACACUACAUGCAACUAAGGAGAAGAGCGAGAAGAAAGAUGUUGCAGGAUACUUAAAUUUAAUGGCGAACUCCAUAGACAACUUCACACACGGUUUGGCUGUUGGCGGAUCAUUCCUGGUGGGAUUCAGAGUGGGAUUACUCACCACGUUCGCUAUACUCGUUCACGAAAUACCUCAUGAAGUCGGUGACUUUGCUAUCCUUUUGAAGAGUGGAUUCUCACGUUGGGAGGCAGCUAAAGCACAAUUGGCUACGGCAUCGGCUGGUCUGAUCGGCGCCAUGACAGCUGUCAUCUUCAGUGGAGCGAGUAAUGCUAUAGAGGCGCGUACAUCAUGGAUAACCCCCUUUACAGCAGGCGGGUUCCUUCACAUAGCCCUCAUCACCGUCUUACCCGACUUGCUGAGGGAGGAAGACCGAUGGGAGUCCCUCAAACACCUGGCAGCGCUACUCGGUGGGAUACUACUUAUGGCCCUUAUGACGCACUACUGUUAGACCACUACUAGAAUAAAUCGUGGAAAUACUGAGGAAAAAUAAUUUAGGAAAAUGUGAUAAAAUUGCGUAAUUUAUACGUUCGUUAUUUUCUGGAUCGUUUAAUCAUUUAAAUAAAUAAAUACGUAG